AUGAUGUUUCGUGAUGCCUUCGAGAGACAGUACUUUCCUACUACUUUUUGUCUUGCUCGCCGCCAGGAGUUUCUGAAUCUUAAGCAGGGCGAUCGUUCAAUUUUGGAGUACAAUGCAGAGUUCAGUAGGUUGGCGAAAUUUUGUCCUCAGCUAGUGGCACAGGAUUACGACCGGAUGCAUCAGUUUACUCAGGGCCUUGCUGCAUACAUUCGGAUCCGGAUGUCAGGUUUUCCGGGUAGCUCCUACCGAGAAGUUUUGGACCGGGCACUGUAUAUCGAGAUGACGCAGCAGCAGGUUGCUCUAGAGAAAGGUAAUGAAAAACAGCUGUCUCAGAAGAGAGGAAAUAGGAGUCAGGGUUCUCGGGCUCCGUCCGGAGGAUCUUCUUGGCCUCAGAAGACAGGGCGAACAACGGAUGGAGGUUCUCGACCUUCUCGUGGUGACCGGAAGGACUUUGGGGGAAUCACAUGUUUUCAGUGUGGUUCCAAGAGUCACACCAGGAGCAACUGUCCGUUGGAUCAUGCUAUAUGUUUCUACUGUAAACUUCCAGGCCAUGAGAGUCGGAAUUGUACCCUAAAAGCACAGUUGGAGGCUCCUAAAGUCACAUCUCAGGGGGAACAACCCACACAAUCACGACCACAGAGAAGAUAUCAGAAGACUCAGAGUGGCCCACGUCAGCAGCGACCACCGCCUUCUCAGGGCCAGAUAUACCAUGUGCAGAGUCAGGAACCAGUGACUACACAGCAUUCUACCACAGUUUCUUCUCAUCAGGCAUUUCCAGUACAACAAGAUGUUUAUCCACCUCAAUCCUACCCAGCAUGCCAGCAGCAGCCUCAGUCUCAGUACCAGCAGUCGGUCCCGGCCCCUCCGAUUCCAGCGCAGACCACGCCAGGGAUGCCACAGCCGAACUCAGAGGUGGGUUGCGUUUAUGCUAUCACACGGGAGGAGGCACAACGAGCUGAAGGAUCGGUUUUCCGAGGUACUAUUUCAGUUUAUACCUUUACUGUAGAUUUAUUGGUAGAUACUGGUAGUUCCCAUUCUUUCACAUCUAGGCUAUUUCUUGGUAAAAUCGGGAGGCUGCCUACUCGUCGGACUCAUGGGUUGACGGUAUCUCUACCAUCUGGCGAGGUACUAAGUAUUGGUCUGGAAGUCAAAGGAUGUCCUUUAGAUUUCAAUGGUCAGACCCUUAUAGUGGAUCUGCAGGUAUUAGAGAUGGUAGAAUUUGAUAUUAUAUUAGGCAUGGAUUGGUUGGCCAUGAACCAUGCCACAGUCGAUUGCGGAGCUAGAGUAGUCACUUUCCGACCACCUGGUCUACCAUCCUGGGUAUUCUUUGGAACCAGAAGUGAUGGGAUAGCAGUCAUAUCAGCAAUGCAAGCGAGGAGAUUGUUGUCACAGGGUUGUCAGGGAUAUUUGCUGUCCAUGGUUAAAGCUAGUUCGGAUGCAUUACCACAGCUCUCGGAUGUUUCUAUCGUCCGAGAAUUUCCAGAUGUGUUCCCUGACGAACUCCCCGGUUUGCCUCCUAACCGGCAAGUCGAGUUUACUAUUGAGUUGGUUCCGGGAACCGCACCGGUAUCCAAGACCCCCUAUCGCAUGGCACCAAAGGAGUUAGAGGAGCUGAAGGUUCAGUUGCAGGAGCUGUUGGACAAAGGAUUUAUCCGUCCCAGUGUUUCUCCGUGGGGAGCACCAGUACUCUUCGUUAAGAAGAAAGACAGAUCACUGAGAUUAUGUAUUGAUUACCGACAGCUGAAUGCGGUGACUGUCAAGAACAAAUAUCCAUUGCCACGUAUAGAGGAUUUAUUUGAUCAGCUGAAGAACACCUGUGUAUAUUCAAAGAUUGAUUUGCGCUCAGGCUAUCAUCAGCUCAGGGUUGGAGAUGCAGAUAUUCCGAAGACAGCAUUUUGCACUCGUUAUGGUCAUUACGAGUGCUUGGUAAUGCCAUUUGGGCUUACCAAUGCCCCAGCAGUGUUCAUGGAUCUGAUGAAUAGAGUAUUCCUUGAGUACUUAGAUCAGUUCGUCAUUGUGUUCAUCGACAAUAUUCUGAUAUAUUCCCGAUCUGAGGAGGAACACAGGCGACAUCUUCGCAUAGUUUUGGAGACGCUACGGCGAGAACACCUCUAUGCGAAGUUUAGUAAAUGUGCAUUCUGGCUACCUUCGGUGGGUUUUCUUGGACACGUCGUUUCCAGCAGGGGUAUAUCAGUCGACCCACAGAAGAUUGAGGCAAUCACUAGCUGGGAGCAGCUGAAGACGGUACAGGAGAUACGUAGCUUUUUGGGUCUAGCUGGGUAUUAUCGGAGAUUUGUUGAGGGUUUUUCAGCAUAG